GAAAGAAGAUCUGCACCUGAAGGGAGAUGAGUAUAGCUGGCUAGCAAGUAUGUUCUAUUUCGGAUACUUAGCGUUCGAAUAUCCAUCGAGUCUGGUGAUGCAGAAGCUUUCAGUGCCGAAAUGGCUCGCAGCGAAUAUGAUCAUUUGGGGUGGGAUUACAAUGGCUCUCGCAGCAUGCCAUGGGUUCCAGAGCUUUUUGGCCCUGCGGUUCCUGCUAGGAGGCUUGGAAUCGUGCUCCACUCCGGCCUACCUUCUGAUCACAGCUACUUGGUAUACGAUCGAAGAGCAACCCAUUAGGAUCGGGUGGUGGUCGACCUUUCUGGGCGUUGCCAAUUCCUUUGGUGGUCUGUUAGCGUUCCUGAUUGGGCAUAUCCACGGUUCUCUCGCGUCCUGGCAGUACCAGUUUAUCAUUCUUGGCGCAGUCUCGGUGGGAUGGGGAGCCUUCAUGAUGUUCACGCUGGCAGACGGGCCGUAUAAUGCUUCGUGGCUGAGCGAAGAAGAAAGGGAGGUUGUCGUCAGGCGCCUUGGUCCCGCCCAUUCGGGGGAGCCUGUGCACGAGAUCAAGCGGUAUCAGAUCUGGGAAGCACUGACUGACCCCAAGACAUGGCUGUUCUUUCUCUGCGGUGUGUGCACCCAGGUCGUGAACGGGGCCGCCAGCAACUUCGGUAGCCUGAUCAUCGAGGGAUUCGGGUACUCGAACCUCGUGACCACCCUCUUUCAGAUCCCGUACGGGAUGGUCAUUCUCGUCUCCAACGUCUCCGCGAUGUACCUGCAGCGCUGGCUGCCCGGCCAGAAACGCUGCCUCGUGGCUUGUCUCUACGUGUGUCCGGCCGUGGCAGGGGCUGUGGGACUGCAUACGAUAUCCAGGACGCACUUCAUGGCGUUGCUGGUGUGUUAUUGGUUGACGAGUACAUACACCGCCUCGUUCGCGAUGAUCAUGUCGCUCAUCACGGCCAACACGGCGGGCGCAACGAAGCGGUCGACAGUCAACGCCGUUUUUUUUAUCGCGUACUGCGUGGGCAACAUUGUGGGUCCGUUUAGCUUCAAGGGUACUGAGGCACCGGCGUAUACGUCGGGCAUUGUGACGAUGCUGGUGGCGUACUGUGUGGAGAUUGUCCUCCUACUUGUCUUUGCGGCUUACAUGGCGUGGCUCAACAAGCGUAGGGAUGCGGUCGUGGCUGCUGAGGGAGUGCGGUUGGAUAAUGCUGCGGAGCAGGUUGAUUCAACGGAUAAGGAGAAUGUGUACUUUCGGUACUCUUAUUAGCUGUAGGGUCAGAUUGUUCUUAUGGGCUUAGGAGAAUGGUCAUGUCUCGUUUGAGUGGGGUAUUUCUAUUGGGUUGGAGGAGCGUGCGUAUGAUUGAACUGUCAUGAUAUGCUUCUGUCGGUCGAAAUAGGCCGAACACGACAACACCUGUUUUCCGUAAUUGCUAUAGUGGAG